AUGGCCGUCAGUAAUAUCGCCAACAAGAUUUUUUCCAGCCAGAUCAGCUGUGCUUUAGCUAGCGGUGUUGAGUCCAUGACUCGUGCCUUCGGUCCAGACUUGACCCCAUCCUUCUCUGAUCAGGUCAACACUCACCCAGAGGGUGUCAAGGUCAAUAUCCAGACGGAUGGCACCAACGAAAUCGUUGCGGAAAAGUACAGCCUUAGCCGCAGAGCCCACGAUGAGUUUGUUACUAUUUCCUACCAGAGAUCCCUGAACUCUGUCAAAAACGUUCAGUACAAAGAGGGCGAUGUUACCCGGAUCAUUUUUGUUGACACUGAUGAAGGUGUACGUAGAAAUGUCACUGUUGACUCCCUCGGGAAGAUCAAGACUGCCUUCAAGAAGGAUAGUUGA